AUGGGAGAUAACCUUAAAUCUAAAACAUCUAUGGGAUGUGUAGAGAGCCAGCCAGUCACAACGCAGCAUCUGUCAGUACAGACAACCAGUCUUCAUUCAAGUGUCUCAGACCCUGAUCUCCAACAUCUGAGGCAUGAAUGCAGCAGCAAAUUGUAUCCAGGGUCAGCUAGUAAUAUUGGAACUGUUUCUACAUCUCCUCUGGGCAGGCGACCCCUUCCGCCACCUCUUCCUGGUCAUGAAUCAAUGAUCGUGCAGUCUAGCUUGAGCACAAGACUGAAAUCAGGAAGUGUUGAUCAGCAACGAAGAAAGAAACCGUUGGCUUCACAGCAGAAAAGAACUAACAAUGACGAUGAUCAAUUAAAUUGUAGCUCUAGCAGUAGUGAACUUGAAAUUUCUUACCAGCAUUCAUCAACUAGCUUUAACAGACAAAAUUCAGUGGAUGCUAGUAGUCCAUCUGAGAGGGGUUGUUAUAGAAGUGGCAGUAAUGGCUCUCUAGACAAUGGGGAAGAGUUGGACUAUAAUUCUGAUAAUGGAGGCAAUGAUUCUGCUGACAAGAAAUUUGAAUUGGUGGAAAUGGACUUAUACAUCCUCUCAGAAAUAUCACCAAUGUAUAUGCAUCUUAAAAGCACCUGGAACAAUUGCAUUUUGAAAUCUACACUCCACCACGGUCGAAGGAGUUCCACACCAACUUCACCCUCUGGAUCAAACAAAGUUGACAAUUCACAGUUAUUGCACUUGUUUAAUCAGCUGAAGACAGAAAUCCUUCAAUCUCAUAUCAUGGAGAAGACAUUUAUUCUCAUCCAGGAGCUUUUUACGGCAGCAGAGAAGAGUUUUAACUUAAAAAAUACUUUGGGAAGUCACCAGAUCUCUUUGUGUUCAUGGUGGGUCAACUACAGCAGUACAUGCCUCAAUCCCGCAGCCAAUCAUCGCAAAAGAAAGGAAGCAAUAGAGAGGAUGAGCUUGACUUUGUUGUGGUGUUGUUGCAGACACUUGUAUGUCAGUUUCGUGAGACAGACAUUCUAUCCACACGAUUGAUGGUCAUAAAAGCACACAAGGAGUUUGGUGAUGCUGAGGCUGUAAGUGACCUCUUUACAACAACUUUUAUCACAUUGCUGGAAGAUUCCAAGGGCCCUUCAGGCAGGCGCUUAACUCCAGUUUCCGUAGCAUGAAGCGACGAGAGUAAAGUGUCUUGCCUAAGAACAACACAAUGUUCCU